AAUUAUUCCUCAGUGAAUACAGUGUACAAUAGCUACAUCUCGUGAGAGUCACUGUUGACUGCUCAGUGUCAAGCCCACCAAUAAAAGAGAAGACCGCCUGGACCGCCCGCGUUUCGGGCAUCUCCAACCCCUCACGAGAUUCGCUCACGAUUCCAUCUGCCUUGCCUCUUACUUCUUCUCUAUAUUUCUCUUUCAAGACCAGUUUCCAUCCUAGCUAAUACAGCAAGACUGUAGUUGAUCAUCAAAAGCCUUGCGAUUCUCAACAACCACUACCCAACAGAUUUCUACCCCGCAUUACUCGCGAUAUAUCGAUACGAUACAAUAUCUCCCAAGAUGUCCAAGAACCUCAUCCACCAAACCUGGUCAACAUGGCGAGACUGGAUCACUCCAGUGACACAUACAUCUACAUUCCGCGAAACCGGCAAAAUCACACCCGAAGAGUUCGUCGCUGCCGGAGAUUAUCUAGUCUUCAAAUUCCCCUCGUGGCAAUGGGCAGAUGCAUCCACGCCCGCUCAGCGAGUUCCUUUCUUACCUCCCGGAAAGCAAUAUCUAGUAACGCGUGGCGUGCCCUGCCAUCGAAGACUAAAUGAUAAUUUCGCGGGUGAUUUGCAGGAAGAUGUGAUUAUUAAAGAUAUGCUUCGCGCGGGGCCAGGGAGUGGCGGAGGCGACGGUGAAGAUGAUGGAUGGUUACAGACUGGUGGGAAACGGGAGUAUGCUGAUACGCAGGAAGCUAAAAGAAAAGAUGUGAGGACUGUUGAUGAAGCGGGAAAUGUUUCUGAACAGGGAGAGGAUGAGGAUGAGAUUCCGGAUAUGGAGGAUGAUGAUGAUGAUGAGGAGGCUAUUAUUCGGGAUCCUUCUGGGGCGUCGGGGACAACUGCUCCCCUCCGAACAUAUAAUCUUUACAUCACAUACGCCAACUACUACCGUACACCGCGACUCUAUCUAUCAGGCUACCUCUCCCCCUCCGAACCACUCCCGCCACACUUAAUGAUGGAAGAUAUCGUCGGCGACUACAAAGACAAAACAGUCACACUAGAAGAUUUCCCCUGGUUCGACACCAGUGUACCCAUGGCUACUGUCCAUCCAUGUCAACAUGCCUCCGUCAUGAAAAUCCUCUUGGACCGAGCAGACGCCGCCCUCAAGAUUCGACGACAGAAAUUAAAAAAGGCCCGCUCUGCCGAAGACGCGUCAAAUAUCAAAUUCGACAGUGGUCUUGAAGGUCUAGUUGAUGAUACGAAUAAUCUGUCUCUUACCGAGAGACAGCGCAAACUUCAACAACAAGAUGGUGGAAGUUCAGCGAAUAACAAUAAUAUGAUGGGUGAUGAGUGGGAAGUGUUACAGAACGAUGGCAAUCAAUCAGAAGAAGAUGAGUUUCAGUCUGCGAUUCGUGUGGAUCAGUAUUUGGUUGUGUUUUUGAAAUUUAUUUCCAGUGUUACGCCGGGUAUAGAGCAUGAUUUUACGAUGGGGGUUUAGUCGCUGCUCGGUGUUUUUAUUUGUAUUCGAUCAGUACGAUAUCAAUAAUGCCUUUACUUUUAGAACGGACAGUGAAUAUGUCAUUGACAAAUACAUUAACUGUUAACAUCGAAGAAAUAAUGUGUAGUCUAAGCAAGUCACAAAGUUUGAGAAGCGAAAUACAAAGAAUAACCAGGAGCACCUGUAUCAUGUAAAAAUGAAGUAUAAAAAAAAAUAAAGGUGUGGGAAGAAAAUAUCACGAAAUGAACUUAACUUAAGCCUUAGACAAUCCCUCACCCUGACCAUCCUUAGACUGAGACUGAAGAACUUUCUUCAACACCUCAAUCU